AUGGAUCAAAAUAAUGCAGCUUUCCCACCACCUCCUUUUUGGUAUAAACGAGGUUUAAAAACUCCUCCUAACCCGCCUAUUGAAGGCGAAUUUUCUAUGUUUGGCAGGGUUUUCACUACAAAAGAAGCCCCCUUAAGAAUUGAAGCUGAAAACUUUGUCCAAAUGAUCCCUGAGACUGAGCUGCAAGAUCCUGCGACUUUUAAUAAAGAAACUCUCUUAAGACUGGAAUAUACAUUAUACCAGUCUGCUUUGAAUUUAAUUAAAACUCUUGCAGAAUCCCCUAUGGAUGCUCCAGGGAAAUUCAAAGACUAUGAACAGAUCAUCUUAAAUUUUUAUCAAUUGAUUUAUUGAAUGAGACCUACACAGUGUAUGGUAGAAAUUAAAAAUAGGCUAAGAGAUCAAAUUAGUGAAAAAGAAAAAGAAAAGCAAGAGCUUAAAGAAGUUUUGGAAAAUAUGCUGCAGGUAACUAGCGAUAUUGAAAAUAUUAAAUUAGUGUAA